AUGACAGACUCUACGCCCCCCGAAGCGGGCUCCAGAUUUAUCCAAAAGCUCAAGAAAGUCUUCGGAUACUUCGCGAUCUAUGCCCAAGUCAACCCGACCAAAUUUGAUAUUUUCCUCCUCAUCACUGGUCUGAUCUUCGCCAUCGCCUCCGGUGUUCCUUUCCCUCUCCUGGGUAUCAUCUUUGGUCAACUCAUUGAUGACUUCAACUCGGAAAGCUGCACAACCAAAACCAACUACAGCCCCCAAGUCCAGGCCCAGUACCAAUCCGAAGUCAACAGCAAGAUUCUCUAUGUUUUGUACCUCGCCAUUGCCCAAUUUGGAUUCAUGUACAUCCAGUUGGUGUGUUGGUCCCUCGGCGGCGCUCGGCUGGCCCAGCGUCUGCGUGAACAGUACUUCCGAAGUCUUUUGCGCCAAGAGCCCUCCUUUUUUGAUGAUUUGCCUUCGGGAGAAGUCUCUUCCCGGUUGAACGGUGACAUUUCAACAAUUCGCUCAGGAACCUCUGAGAAAGUUGGAAUCUGUAUAUCCAGUGUUUCCUUCUUCGUCACCUCCUAUGUUGUGGCAUUCAUUAAAGAUGCGAAGCUGGCGGGAAUCCUUGUCUCUCUGGUACCCGCAUACUUUAUCAUGUCGCUUGUUGGUGGCUGGUUCAUUGAGAAAUACUCAGGCACCAUGUCGGACUGCUUUGCCGCUGCCUCUUCCGUUGCCUCGGAGGGGCUGGCUAACGUUUCCGUCGUGCACGCAUUCAAUGCUAAUGAUCGACUUGAAAACAAAUUCGAGGGCCAUCUGCGUAUGGCAAGGAAUGAGGGGUUGAAAAAAGCUUUUGCAACAGGUGUGCAGGCUGGCUUCAUGUACUUCAUUGCGUACGCUGCCAACGCUCUGGCAUUUUGGCAGGGAAGUCGAACUAUUGCCACUUCAGUGGCCACUAACUCGGGCGGGGGUACCUCUGUGGGAUCGAUCUUCACUGUAAUUUUCAUUCUGGUUGAUGCAACUCUUGUUCUCAGCCAGGUUGCACCGUUCCUACAAAUUUUCGGUGCUGCUUCAGCUGCUUUCACAAAGUUGAAGAAGGACAUAAACCACCAAUCCCUAAUCAAUGGAAUGUCCGACUCUGGUUUUGCGUUGCCUUCCACGACCGCCGGACACUUUGAGCUCCGAAACGUGGGCUUUACCUAUCCUUCUCGCCCCGAGCAGCCCGUUCUCCGCAAUGUGUCUUUGGAAUGCCCACCAGGAAAGCAGACCGCUAUUAUUGGUCUGUCCGGAAGCGGAAAGUCCACUGUUGCUAGCUUGAUGCUCCGAUUGUAUGAUCCCACCGAGGGAUUGAUUCUUUUGGAUGGUCAAGAUGUACGCGACCUUAAUACACGACAACUUCGUAGCUGUAUCGGAAUGGUUCAGCAAGAAGCGACACUGCUUGAUCGGUCAAUUUUGGAGAACAUCGCUCAUGGAUUGGUCAACUCGGCAUCACCAGAGCACGAAGCCCUCCACUCUGUAUUGAUUGGACCCAAGCUUGGAGAAGUGGCUACUGCAAUCCGUGGUGGUCAGUCUGCAAGUGAAGCUGUUUCGGCACAUGGGCCUGAAGUGGUAAAAAUCAUCGAGAUGGUCCAGCAUGCAGCUGACCUUGCCGAUGCCACACGAUUCAUCGAUGGGCUUUCAGAAGGACUCGGCACCAUCGUCGGUUCCAAUGGUACCCUACUGAGCGGUGGUCAAAAGCAAAGAAUCGCAGUUGCCCGUGCUUUAGUCAAAGAUCCUAAGGUUCUAAUUCUCGACGAAGCUACGGCCUCCCUCGAUUCUCGAAGUGAGAGGGAGAUUCUUGCAGCUGUUGGGCGCUGCUCUAAAGGAAGAACCAUGAUCUCAAUUGCGCACCGUCUUUCGACCAUCAAGAACGCCGACAAGAUUAUUGUGAUGCGUGACGGAGAGCUCGUUGAAGAAGGAAACCAUGCUGAACUGAUGGCCAAGGAAGGGGCUUACUCCGGUCUCGUCAAACUGCAAAAUCUGAACAACGACUCGUCGGGCACUAAAGUCGACAACCCCUCGAGUGAUAUUACCGAAACCGAGCAAGUCAAUGACAACGAAGACACGGCCGAGGUGUUCAAGAGUAAGGAAGUAGUCUCUAUCAAUACCACCGAACAACUCCCCGAAUUGUCUCCUGCCCCCUCGGAGCAUGCAGCCAAGAAACCAGCCAAGAAGUCCCUCUGGCACCUGAGCAAGGGGAUGUUCCCAAUCAUGCGCCCAUAUCUGCUCCUCUCUCUCAUUGCUCUCUUUGGCGCGAGUAUCGUCGGCGCUGCCUUCUCCGCCGAGGCAGUGAUCUUCGGUAACACUGUGGGCAGCCUCACCCCCUGUGAAACUCCUGAUUACAUCCGCUCGCGUGGCAACUUCUUCGGUUUGAUGUUCUUCAUUCUUGCCAUCAUCGAGUUCUUCGCCAAUAUUGUCAGUUGGGUAGGCUUCGGAUGGGUGUCCGAGAAGUCGAUCUAUAAUGUUCGGGUAUUGCUAUUCCGUUCAUUGUUUGAACAAGACCUACAAUGGCAUCAAUCUGAUGACCGUAACCCUACCAGUUUGUUGGGCUAUAUCACAAACGAUGGAAACCUGAUUGCAGGCCUUAGCGGCUCAGUGAUCGGCACCAUCUUCUCGAUCUGUAUCAACCUCGUCGUCGCGGUCGUGAUGUCUCUUUGCAUCGCCUGGAAGAUUGCUCUUGUGUGUAUUGCUGUCGUACCACUCCUCUUGGGCACGGGCGUUAUGCAAUUGCGAGUCCUUGGUCAAUUUGAAGAGCGUCAUGAAAAUGCCUUCAAUCAAUCUGUCAGUAUCAGUGUUGAGGCUAUCAACUCUAUCAAGACCAUUGCCUCGCUGUCUCUAGAAGAAGAGACCCUAGCUGCAUUCCGACGGACUCUUCACGGUCCUCGCCGAGAGACCACUGCUAUCAGUCUCCACGCUAACCUCUGGCUGGGCCUUGCCUAUUUCCUUGGUAAUCUGUCCUAUGCCCUGGCGUUCUGGUGGGGAUCGAAGCAGAUCUUCAACGGCACCUACAGCGAGACUCAAUUUAUUAUUGUCAUGUUUGCCUUGCUUGUCAGCGCCCAGCUUUGGAGUCAGAUGUUCGCACUUGCUCCAGAAGUUUCCAACGCACGAGCUGCAGUCGCAAGAGUACUGUCCAUUUUGGAGAUUGGGAUAUCAGGCCCCAAAUACCGGCCUCAUACCCUUCCAGAACCCGAGACCUCCACAGAGAAGGACGUCGAGUCUACAGGAAAGACCCAGUCAUUGGCCCCCAAAGCACAGGGAGGAGUAGAUGUCGAAUUCCGAGACGUCAAAUUCUCUUACCCAGCACGCGCACAUGCCCCCGUCCUCCGCGGUCUCAAUGUGCACGUCCGGCCAGGCCAGUUUUGUGCACUAGUCGGGCCAUCAGGCGCUGGUAAAUCCACCAUCAUCUCUCUAGUGGAGCGCAUGUACCUACCCACCUCCGGAGAAAUUCUCGUGGACGGAACAGACAUCACGAAGCGAGACGACAUUUCCUUCCGAGACCACAUUGCUCUGGUUCCACAAGAGGGAAUCCUCUUUGAAGGCACAGUGCGUUUUAACGUAUCCCUAGGCGCCCGCCCCGAUGCAGAGGUAUCAGACGAGGAGAUCAUCGAAGCCUGCAAACUAGCCAACAUCCACGAUACCAUUAUCAACCUCCCUCAGGGCUAUGACACACCCUGUGGAGCAAAUGGAAGCAAGCUAUCGGGUGGCCAGAAGCAGCGGCUUGCCAUUGCACGAGCUCUUGUGCGCAAACCCAGACUACUUAUUCUCGACGAGCCUACUAGUGCCCUCGAUGCGGAAUCUGAGAAACUCUUGCAGGAGGGACUGGAAGUUGCGUCGAAGGGUAUUAGUGUCUUGGCCAUUGCGCAUAGGCUGCAUACUAUUCGCAAGGCUGACACCAUUUACCUUAUAGAGGCUGGCUUGUGUGUUGAUGCUGGUACUCAUGAGGAGUUGUUUACUCGCUCUGAGAGCUAUCGUACCAAUGUUCUCAGUCAGACAUUUGGUGGCGAUUAG